GCUGGGUCCUGGAGCCGAGCUGAGGAUCCCUGGGGAGUCUCAAAGUUUGUGUCUGGAGCUGUGGUGGAAAGCGGGCUUAUUGCGAAGGGAGUUUCCUGGGAUGAGAGCUGAUCGCCUGCCUUCAUUUUGGGUGCACAUCCCGCUUUAAUCCCUGCAGCAUUCGGUCCGAGCCCUGGACGGCCUGUGUCCCCCGGGGAUUCUCAGAUCUCCGAGGACAGCGGACGGGAGCCCGUGGCCCUUCUCUCUCCGGCAAAGGAGCAAACGUUUUCCUUCCUAAGUGCACAAACUACACACUCACGCACGCACACGCACGCGGAGGGAGAGGAAUCUCGCCGGUCCGGGGCGGCUCUGCCGGUCCUCUCCUGCCCUCCGCAUCCUCGCCCCGCGCGGCUCCGACCACCAUGGAGGUGCUGGAGAGCGGGGAGCAGGGCGUCCUGCAGUGGGACCGCAAGCUGAGCGAGCUGUCAGAGCCCGGGGACACCGAGGCCCUCAUGUACCACACGCACUUCUCAGAACUUCUGGAUGAGUUUUCCCAGAACGUCUUGGGUCAGCUCCUGAAUGACCCUUUCCUCUCAGAGAAGAGCGUGUCGAUGGAGGUGGAGCCGUCCCCUACGUCCCCAGCGCCUCUCAUCCAGGCUGAGCACAGCUACUCCCUGUGCGAAGAGCCUCGGGCCCAGUCACCGUUCACCCAUGUCACCACCAGUGACAGCUUCAAUGAUGAUGAGGUGGAAAGUGAGAAAUGGUACCUGUCUACAGACCUCCCUUCAACAACUAUCAAGACAGAACCGAUUACAGAUGAGCCACCCCCAGGACUUGUUCCCUCUGUCACUCUGACCAUUACAGCCAUCUCCACCCCUUUCGAGAAGGAGGAAUCUCCUCUGGAAAUGAAUACUGGGGUGGAUUCCUCAUGCCAGACCAUUAUUCCUAAAAUUAAGCUGGAGCCUCAUGAAGUGGAUCAGUUUCUGAACUUCUCUCCUAAAGAAGCCCCCGGGGACCACCUGCACCUACCACCCACUCCUCCCAGCAGUCAUGGCAGUGACUCAGAGGGCAGCCUGAGCCCCAACCCGCGCCUGCACCCCUUCGGCCUGCCUCAGACUCACAGCCCUGCCAGAGCUGCGCCCCGGGCCCCCUCCGCCCUCUCCAGCUCCCCGCUGCUCACAGCGCCUCAUAAACUGCAGGGAUCAGGCCCACUGGUCCUGACCGAGGAGGAGAAGAGGACUCUGAUCGCUGAGGGCUAUCCCAUCCCCACCAAAUUGCCCCUAACAAAAUCAGAGGAGAAGGCCCUGAAGAAGAUCCGGAGGAAAAUCAAGAAUAAGGUGAGCCCUUCAAAUCUAGGCACUUCUCAGCAGGGAAGAGGUGAGAGAAAACAAGGUGGUAACACCCUUAAAAGAGUGGAGUCUUGCUCAACUGAGAACUUGGAGCUUCGGAAGAAGGUAGAGGUUCUGGAGAACACCAAUAGAACCCUCCUUCAGCAACUCCAGAAGCUCCAGACGUUGGUGAUGGGCAAGGUUUCUCGUACCUGCAAGCUAGCUGGCACGCAGACUGGCACCUGCCUCAUGGUCGUCGUGCUGUGCUUUGCCGUGGCAUUUGGCAGCUUCUUUCAGGGCUACGGGCCUUAUCCCUCUGCCACCAAGAUGGCUCUGCCCAGCCAGCAUUCCAUGCCGGAGCCGUACACAGCCUCCGUCGUGAGAUCCAGGAACCUGCUGAUCUACGAAGAACAUUCUCCCGCAGAGGAGCUGUCCAGCCCGGCCUCAGCCGGGGAGCUUGGGCCCUGGGAUAGAGGCUCCUCCCUGCUCAGGGUGUCGGGGCUGGAGUCCAGGCCGGAUGUGGAUCUUCCCCGUUUCAUUAUCUCGAAUGAGACCAGCCUGGAGAAGUCAGUGCUUUUGGAGCUGCAGCAGCACCUGGUCAGCGCCAAACUGGAGGGGAAUGAAACACUAAAAGUUGUAGAACUCGACAGAAGAGUGAACACCACCUUCUAAAGAGGUUCUCUGCUCCCCUUGCCCCAACUCUACUUUUACAUCCUCAAACCACCUUUGUCAUAAGCUUUUCCUCUUUGCCACUGGAUCUUGACAAAGACAUGGACUAGCGUUAGUGGCUUCAGAUGGGAGGCCAGCCUGGGAUUCCCCUGCAGUGAGACAGCACCUUCCCCGCGGUCCACGCCCCUCCGUGCAGAGGGGAGCCCGCGUCCCUCCCUCCCUUGCCCUUACUGCCAUAGGAAAUUAUUUUAGGGGUGGGGGUGGGACAAGCAGGCUUGUUUCCACCAACAGUGCCAAAAACAUACUGCCUGAUUCACACCUGUGAGGUGCACCCCCCUCUUUGAAGAAGAAAUGACUCGUAUUCCAUCUAGACCCCAGACGCUAGCCACAAAAAUGCCACAACGAUGCCUGUUGGGAUUUGGCAAAGCACUGACUCAUGUCCUCCCUAGCUCACGGCGGGGUCUCCGGUAGGAAUGCGCCUGAUGGCGGUCCUUCGCCCACUCUGCCCCCUCGGAGCCCUCGCUGGAUGGUCCCCGCACCGGCACUGGCAGGCGAGGGCUCCCCUUCAUGUUCUCAGGCCGCAAGUGCAAUGCCUGAAGCGAUCAGGCUUUUCUACUCCAGGCGAACCUGCCCCAUCUCGUUGCUUGUAGGACCUCCCGUAAGCUGGUCCCCACACACCCAUAGUUCCGCCUCCCCAGCUUCUCCUCCCCGUGUGUAAAUAGUAUUUAUUAGCUCGCUGAGGCUUCUCGCUAGCAGCCACACUGGAGAGAUUCCAGGCCUCCCUUCAAGCCAGCAAAGUCUUCUGCUGGCCUUUGGAGCUAGGAGGGCACCCUAGGCUCUGGGAUCCCCAAUCUUUCCAGACAAUGUUUUGUUUCCUUUCUUUUUUUUUUUUUUUUUUCUCCUUUUUUACUGGAGGCUUGUAAAAUAAUUACUAUUGAGAAAUCCCCUGGGGCAUGUGUCUGCCUCUAGGACGAGUUCAGAGGGAGCUAGAGCAAUGCCUUGCUCGGUCCGUGGCUCUGUGGCCAAGUGCUUUCUCUAUCCUGUUUCCACGGCAGAGAAGUGACGACAGGCGUGUGGGACGACCUCGCUGGCUUGUCUUUCCACGCCUGCCCCGCUCCUCCUCCCUCUGCACCUCCACUCUGUCCUCCUCUUCCCCCGCCUCAACACGGGGCCGAGUAGGUGACAUUUGUGUAUCCACAUUCUGACCUUUUAUAGUCAUGUUUGGCUACUUUGCAGCUCACCCAAAGAGAUACAACCUAACCCCCAACCUACCU